AUGGCCCUUUCUCCCUUCAGCUCCCGGUCGCCGUCCAUGACCGUCAAUUCACCCAACACUGCGAUUCGGCUCCGAGCUACGGCUGCGCAAAACUCGGCUGCUGGGACGGCCGCCGUGGCAGUUUCCAAGCCAGUUCAAAAUGGGGAUCGUGAACUCACCGAGCAACUCAACAUCGAUGUACGGGAAAGAUAUGUCAAAGACAAGAAGGUUGGAGAAGGAACCUACGCCGUGGUCUUCGUUGGCCACCUCCGACAAGACCCUACAUCCCUCGUUGCGAUCAAGAAAAUCAAAGUCAACGCGGAAUACAAAGAUGGACUAGCUAUGGAUGCGGUUCGCGAGGUGAAAUAUCUUCAAGAAUUGAAGCAUCCGAACGUCAUCGCCUUGCACGACGUGUUCUCCUCGAAGGAUCAAAACCUCAGCUUGGUUCUGGAAUUCCUCCCGGGCGGUGAUCUGGAGAUGCUCAUCAAAGACAGCGAUAUCCAGUACGGUGUGGCGGACAUCAAGGCUUGGAUGGGUAUGCUUGCCCGCGGGGUCUGGUGGUGCCAUGAGAACUUUGUCCUCCACCGAGAUAUCAAACCCAACAACUUGUUAAUCGCAGCGGACGGCGAGGUGAAGUUGGCCGAUUUUGGUCUUGCCCGGUCAUUUGCCGAUCCCGGGUUCAGGAUGACCUCUCAGGUCAUUACACGUUGGUAUCGCCCGCUGGAGCUUCUCUAUGGGGCGCAUCAUUAUUCCGGCGCCGUGGACGUGUGGUCGAUGGGCAUGGUCUUCGCAGAGCUUUUGAUCCGUGUGCCUUUCGUCGCUGGCAACAGCGAUUUGGACCAAGUGUCCAAAAUCUGCGAAGCGUUCGGUACGCCGACGGAAGAAAAUUGGCCUGGGGUGAGCAAACUCCCCCACUACAUCCCCACGGAUAAGAGCCAAGUGGUACCGUUACAAGGGAGGGAGUUCUUCAUGCGUCAGUUCCCGACUGCAGGCCCUGUGGGUGCCGAUCUGCUCAUGGCAAUGUGCGCUCUCGACCCCCGCAAGCGUCGGACGGCGGUCCAAUGUCUGCAGCAUAGUUGGUGGACCGUUGACCCGCGACCGACGCAGAACGAGAAUCUCCCGCGCAAAUCGGGCGGAACUAAAAAGAUGGGGGAAGAUCUGGCCCGGCGUGAUGACCCGGAGGGCCUUUUCAAGGGUGCUGCCCGACAGCUGGACUUUGGAAUGAAAUAA